GUCUUCCUGUUUCUUCUUGCUGGAUGAGUCGUAUAAUGUACGGUAUACCGUGCGAAAGCAGUUGUUUUAUCAGCGACGAUGCAGCUUAGUGGACCGUGAUAUUUUGAGAAAUUUCAUAGUCAGAUCGUCGGAACGUAAUUCUCGAGCAACGUCUUACAGGUUAGGUUGCUCUAUUUCCUGAGUCAAAAUGGAAUCAAUGGACGCGCGUCUUGUUGCGCAAGCAUUGAACUACCAUGGUCAGCAGUUGCAGAAAGUUUGGGAAGGAGAACGCAACGAGAAUGAGUUGGCUAUACUCAAUCUCAAGGAACCCAAUUUUGAAAUUUAUCAACAGCGUCAAAAAACACUUAGUUUUGGAGAUAGAGGAAAAAGAUUGAAGCUUCAGCAAUUCCUCGCUAAGAAAGCAGAUGCUCUUUAUGAUAAAGCAAAUCUUGAGAAGACUGUAGAGCCUCUCAAACAAGAAUUAGGAGAUGAAGAAUUUUAUGCAACAAUGCCAGGACUCGAUACUUUUGUCACUAUGGAAAAAUCACAACGCAUUAGAAACUUCUUGGAAAGUUUAAUUGUCGGAGAUGUAAUUUAUGCACAAGUUAUGGGUAAAAGUGCACCUGGACUUCUACUGAAGGUUCUUUGCAACUGUUCUGACUGUCCUCGAGUUGUUACUGAGUUAGGAAUAAAGGUUCUAAUAUUGAAUACGGCCACUGUGCCGGCAGUGGACAAGAAAGGUGUUACAAGAGGCUACAUGGCAAAUGAUCUGGUCUGCGUCGUAGUCACUGAAGUUAACGUUGAAGCGGAACGAGUCGUUGCUGUAAUGAACACACCUGCCCGCGAGGGCCAAGCCCCACAUCCACCUACGGGUCUUAUUCAUUCAGAUGAUCUCCCAGAAGCUUAUAAGAAAGCUAUGGACAACAAAGGUCAGAGUUAUGAAACGCUCUUGGAGAAUAGUACUGGCUUCAACAACCCAAACAACAUUAAAUAUCUUUGUGACUUGAUGGGUCUAGGUCAAGAGAAUCACUCUAAUAUGGUUGGCCUAAGGGAGCGUUUUCCUCCCAAUGAGUAUUCAUCAGAAUUAAGACAAGCGCAAGCAAGCAAGUGGGCAUUCCGAAGUGUUGCUGAAGGAAUAGAUCACUUCAAAGCUGGCCGCCAUACUGAAGCCUUUCAGUGUCUUAAUAAAGCACUUCAAGUUGAUCCUAGAAAUGUUGAAGGCUUAGUUGCAAGAGGAGCAUUAUAUGCUAACAGUGGUAGUUUCAAAAAAGCGAUCGACGAUUUUGAAACUGCUCUGAAAUUGAAUCAAACGCAUGCGAACGCUCGUAAAUACAUGGCCGAAACUCUUGUAGCACUUGGACGCAGUUACGAAGAUGAAAAGAAAUAUGACGAAGCACAGAAAUCUUAUGAAAAUUGCUUAGCUAUUGCACCGUAUCACGAAGAAGCACGUAAUUCCAUCGAGUACAUCAAAUCCAAGACUUUAACGUCUUCUUUGAAUCCUCUUGAUACGUUUAAAAGUUUCGAAACUGAAAAUGAUGUCGGUGACAACAAAAAAGAGAAAAAGAAGCGUAAGAAAGAGAGAAAAUCUCGAUCGAAAAAGAGACAAAGAUGGAGUUCCAGUUCUAGUUCUUCAUCGAGUGGAUCAUCGAGUACUUCUAGUUCAGACUCCAGCAGUUCUUCGUCGUCAGGAAGUUCGCGAUCUGCAUCUCGUUCACCGAGCAGAAAACGGAAGCAUAAGAAAGAUCAUCGUGGAUCACUUUCACCUCUUAGCAAGCGUAUGGCUCAAUACAACAAUCCUCCAGCUGCUACUACUGCUGCUCAUGAUGUUGUUUCACCAGUUUCUUAUAAUGCUAACACACGCGAAAAAAUGGACGAUUAUGAAAUUAAAGUACGGAAGUUUUUGGAACAAACCAAGGAUGAUUCAGAUUACGAAGAUAAGGUAAGGAAGUUCUUGGAAGAGACCGCAAGAUGGAAAAGAGAAAGAGAAAAGGAAAAGAAAGAAAAAAGGAUUUCUUUCCACUCAGAAAGUGAAAAAAUGAAGAAAAAGAAGAAGAAAGAGAAGAAAGGAAAGGAUAAGGAAAAAGAAGACAAGAAGAGCAGAAAGAAGAAGAAGAAAGAGGAAAGAAAGAAGCGUAAAAACAAGGACAAGCUUGAAAGAGAUUUGGAAGCAUUGAAAAAGUCAUCUUUACCAGAUCUGGAACAACUCGAAUCGAAACUAAAUGCUUAUUAUGCGAAGGUUGAAAAAGAAACAGCGGUCCUAAAAAGGUAUGUAGCACAGUAUAAUGACAUACCUUCCCCUCUUAGCAACGCGGAGAAGCUCGCGGAGAGCUCACGCAGGGAGGAGGAGCUACGUAGAGAGAGGGAAAGGGAGAGAGAUGAAGCAUCUAAGGCGUAUCAUGAACGAGAACCCAGAAUACCAAUGACGGCGCAACAACGUAAAGAAAUCCAGAGGAAGCCAUUAACUGACAUUUUCGAGCAAGAGUCGCAGUUGAUCCAUCCUGAACCUAAAGUACCUACUCUAGAUCCAUCUGCAUUAAACGCAAAAUGGAAGACUGCUCAAGCGGCUAGUGACGAAGACGACGAUAACGAGUUGGAAGAGAAACUCCAACGAGCAGCUUUAGAAAAGUCAUUGAAUAUUCGUAAACAGAUGCAACGGGAAUUAGCAGAAAAGAGAGCAGCAGCCGCUCAACCGAUGUCUGCCCCUACACCGCCACCGCCAUUGCCUAAGGAGCCUCCGAUGCCGAAACAAGCUCCAGUUAAAUAUCCAACUCCGCAACCGCAAAACAAAUUCCAAUCGUACAAAGAUCAAAAUAUAUCUGUACCGCAAGGUACACCGAAUAAGUUCAGUUCUGGUAGUAAUCUCGGUGGUAAAUUCCAACCGAUUGGUCAAUGUCCUGGAAGCGGAGGUGGUCACCCACCAGAACCUCCGCGUCCACCGCCACCAACGAAGAAUCAGAAUCAGGCUAAGGGCCCAAGAACGGAUUCUGAUAGCGAGACAGAUAGGCAGCAUAGACAGACGCCUAAGAAACGUGAAUCCAGUGGUAGGGGAGGUACGAUUUCAAAAAGAAUGAGCAGAGACAGACCAGGGAAACGUUCUCGAAGCAGAUCUCGCAGUGCAUCCAGUUCUGGAUCCUCUCGAUCUCGAUCUCCAAGACGAACUCGAUCGCGAUCCUAUUCUAACAGAAGAUCCGGAAGCUAUGAACGAAAGUACAGUCGUUCUCCAUCUGGUACCUACAGUAGAUCAAGGUCACGAUCACGAUCUAGAUCUUAUACCAGGAGUCGCAGUCGCAGUAGGUCAGGCGACAGAGGCUAUUACCGUAAGAGACAAUUCCGGAUGUACAAUAAUCGUGGCACCUAUUACAAGCCACGCUUCCAAGGCUUUAACAAUCCGAAUCAUCGUGGCGGUGGUAAUAAUUUCCAAAAUAGAAAUCGAUUCUACAAUAAUCAACACAACAAUCGUUUCGGUAAUAGACGAGGUGGCGGAUUCAACAAUCGCGGCGGUGGGCGUGGGCGUGGUGGCAACCGUGGUGGUAGAUUUUUCCACGGUAAGCAGGGCUUCCGCGAUUUCAGGGACAGGCGAGACUUUAGAGAUCGUCGGGCUGCUUCACGCGACAGAUACAGCGAUCGCAGUUAUUCACCCGAUCCAAUGAGGAAGGUUGAUGAAGCCAAAGAGAAAAUCAACAAGAUGCUGGAAGGUGGCGACGAUGUUAUGGAUCACCAACAAGGCGCCGGAGGAUCGAGCGUCCCUCCCAAUAAGAGGCAAGAUGGACCUCUGAGCGAGGGCGAAGAACGCGAUGAUGAUGACUACGAGAGGUGGGGAGAGGGAGAGGGGGGCGACGCGACUAACAAGAGCGAGGAAGUUGGAGCUGCCGGCGUUAACCUGGAAGGCAAGGAGCACUUCAUUGAACGCAUGAAGCAGCGAAGCAAGAAUGUAUUAAUGCAGAGAGCCCUUGCAGCUAAGAUUUGGUAGAUAUACGUGCCGUUGCCGACGCUGUUUCUUCUCUUCUUCUUCGUCUGUGAUAUUCUCUCUUUCCUCACGUUGGCUGUGCCUAGUCAUCAGCGAUCGACCAAUACACGUGAGAUAUACUCUCUUUUAUAAUUUUACGUACCUAUAACGUAUGGUACGCAAAUUAAGUAUCAAAGUAAUAAUAUCACUGACGAUAAUUAUUGACAAAUCCUAUAACUGGCGGCCAUUAUGAUCGUUAAGAAUAUUUUUCUUUAUCUUCAUCCCUGACGACUCUAGUUCGUUUUAUUUUUCUUUUUUGCGGAUAUAUCAUUAAAUGUAUGAUAUCAAGACGAUCGUGUAUAGUUUAUUAUAAUAGUAUAUAAAAUCUAAGUUUUAUCCGAUUUUCGUAAUGAAAUCAAAAGACUUGUUCUUUUAUUCGGUUUUGUGUGAGAGAACCCCCCAAAUUCUAUUAUUAUUGUCUUAUAUCUUGUAUAUGUAGCGAACGUGAUUGCGCUCGAUAUAUCUAUCUAUCUAUCUAUUCAUAAUAAAAUUAAUUAUAAUAUUAUUAAUAAUAAUAAUAAUAACAAUAACAACGCGAAUUCAUUCGUACCGAAAAUUAGACGAUUCUCGCUACGGAAAUAGCUAAGGAUAUAAUAAUAGUAUGUAUACCAUGUUUGUACGGAAUUAGAAUCGGAAGAUCAUUUAUUGAAACAUUUCAUCGCGAAUUUUUUCUUCUUCUUUUACUUAAAUGUAGUUCGUAAGAAUGUAUAUGAUAUGACAUGAUAUAUGCCGUUUUCUUUUUCGAUCACAAUGGAAACGUCAAAUAAAUAAAUGGCUCUGGGUUUGAUUCUUAUUAUCUCGAGUGGCUUUUCAUAAUAUUUUAAAAAUAUAUCAUCUUAUCAACAAAUUUUUCCUUUAUUAAUUUCAAAUAAUUUCUUUAAUUUCGUUUAUAUGUUUUUCUUAUAUGAAUGGAAAUACGAAAAUCCGUUUAAAAAGUAUUAAAAAGAGAAAAUACAAAAAAAAAAAGAAGAAAUAAACAAAGAUAAUAAAAAAAUAAAACUUGUAAGCAUAAUCGAAGAGGAAACUAGUUUGGAAUUAAAAGUCGCAAAGUUAAAUACAAUUUUAUCAAUAAUUUACAUUUGACAAUUCGUUUAAUAAGAUUUUAAUUGUUUCAUCGAAGAUUAUGUAUUAUUGAAACCUUUUCCCUUUUUCUUCUUCUUUUUAUUCUUCUUCUUAUUAUUAUUAUUAUUAUUGCGCCGCGAUUUUAGAAAUCGCAAUGAUCGAUUCGUAAGCGCGAUAUCUGCGUAGUUUAGUUCAAAUAACAUUACACGAAUGAUGCACAUUUAAAAUAAUAGUCAUUAUUCCCUUUAAUCGUAUGAUUUACUAGCAUCAUCCCUUUUGCAGAUACGUUUAAUUUAAAGGGUACAAAAUGUUUCCCCCGUUACUAUUUCCCCCCUAUCUCAUUAAUACGAGAUAUCGCAUAUUUUAAGAUAUACUACAAAUAAUUUACUUAGUAGAGGACACAUGCAUAUAUGUUAAAUGUAAACGAAUUGCUGUACAAUUCAAUCAUCAAAAAAAAAAACGAAAAAUAUAUAUAAAUGUAAAACGAGAGAAAGAAAAAGAGA